UGACGCGGGUGUGAUACGCGUGAACUGACGGUGUCACCUCGUGAACGCGCAAGAGCAGCAAUGGCCGCUUUGAAUCGGCGAAAUCCUAAUCUCGACGAUUUUGUCGGAUUAAACUGGAGUUGUUGGGUAGAUAGGGUGAAUAUUUUACCAUCUGACGCUGGGUCUAAUGUUGAAGACAGCAGCAAGUGUGGGAGGAAGCGAUCUGAGACCAUGACCCUCAUGAAGGAAGAUAUGCACAUAUAUGGCUACUGCCCUGCACAUGAUGAUUUUUAUUUGGUGGUGUGCAGCCACUGUGGUCAGGUGGUGAAGCCUGAAGCCUUUGAGAAGCACUGUGAGAGGCGCCACGGUCCGCUCACAAAAAUGAUGUGCGGCCAGUCAUCUGCUUUGGCUCCACUGCAGCGACCUCGACCUGGCCGUCCUCCUCCAAAUCUUUCCACCUCUAGAGAGAAGGAGAAGGAUGGCAGAGGUCACGAGGGUGGGGCACCAUCCUCAGCAGCGUUACCUGUCCACCAGCACAGGCCUAGUAAGGCCCAGAGGGAGGCAGUGAGUUUGCCUCCAGUGGAAAAGGUUCCUCAGGAGAACCCUCCCCUCCCACACCACUCCUCGUCCACAUCUCGCCCCAGGGUUCCUACAUGGCACUCAGGACCCCUGCCCCCUGGUCUCUGCUCCUCCUCCGCUCCUCCGGCAGAGAGACCCUCGGUGCAGAGAUCCACAGCUGGACAGCCCCAUGAGUCUCACAGUCCUUUGAGGGGAACGAGAACCUACAGCCGGAUUUAUAAAAACAUAGACAAGAAAGAAUGUGACCUGAACAAACACUGCAGAGAUCUGGAUCCAGAAAGGAAGAAGCUGAGCAGCCGGGAGCUUAUAUGCAAUAUUGACUCCAUUCACCAGCAGCAGAAAGCACUGGGAAGGGCCAGGACUUUUGAUCAGCUGGCAGCGGAGCAGAGAACAGCCUCAGCAGGUCGAGAUAUGGAGCAGCUUCUUGUCAAAUUAAAAGAGAAAGAGCAACAUUUGGAAGCUUUUGAAGAGAAAAUAACAACUCAGGGCAGUAGAUACAACUUCAGCAACAACUGCCACAUUCUCAGGUCCAGGGAUCCACAAGAAAACUUUCCAGAAGAGGAAGGUUACAGCACUGUGGAAGUGGAGGUACAGCCUCCCUAUCCCUUCAACCAGAGUCUGCUGUCAAGUGAGGAAAGUGAAGACGAUGAGCAGGAGGAAACCACAGACCUGCCCGCCUCUCCCUGGCACCCCAAACCUCUUGGGCUAUGCACUUUUGGGUGCCGUACACUGGGUUGCAGCAUCUUCACCUUCGAUCGUCGUUUGCACCACCUGAGGUUUGCCCUCAGUGCCAUGUUGGAGCACCAUGUCAGCACACACCUGUGGAAGAAAAUGCCUCAAGUAUCAUCAGGUCUCAGGUCUUGUCAUGUCACGCCAUCAACUGUCAGGACUGCAGCUAGACCCUCUCAGUCCACUGGCUCCCUCAGCCUUGAGCCUGCCUCACUGGGACAACUGGAAACCAAAAACAGUAAGCACAACUCUCAGAGUACCAAACCGCCUUCUUCCACCUCCUCCGCGAACCUCGGGCCCGGCCAAUGCCACAAACCUAUCGGACGGCCCAGUAAGGCUCGGCUGAAGGAGGUGGCCCUUAUGCAAGAUGCAAGCCCAGCACCAAAAGCUACCAGGCUGCCACACAGCAGCGAGGACAAAUCCUCCAGAUACGUCAGGGAUCCCCUGCUCCAAGAGAAGAACCAGCCACACAUCCCCUCCUUUCAAGGACCAGCCAGUGGUACCUUCUCACACGAAAAGAAGCCAUGUCCUCCUCUUCCACUACAGCCCUCAGAGAGACACUUGUCAGGUUCGGAGAGGCGUUCCCCUGUACCUGCAACAACCCACCACUCUCCCCGCAGCAGAGGGAGGUCUCCAGGAAUUCAACAGAGGGUGGUGGGUUAUGAUCGCAAGGGUCGUGGCCAAAAGCGCAAAGGCAGCAGUGAGUCACCGUCACUCGGCUCCUCACUAUCCAGAACCUCCAAGUGUAAGCGCCUGUCCUCUCCUUCUUCGCUCCAGCCUCCCCGCUUGGAAGGGAGAGAGUAUUGAGGACAUGCUUGCUUGGGGCCUGGAGGAAAGAUCCAACUCCUGAGGAGUGAGUAGACUCACUUGCUCUACAUGUAAAAAACUGCAUGCCAGUUUUUUUUAAUGUUGCAUAUCUAUCCCUUUUAGUCUAAAAGACAUGUACUGUAUGUAGUAUGAGUGUCUAAAUGUGGUUCGGGGUGUGUGUGCGUGCGCGUGUGUUGUUGAUUUAUUUAUGUUUUCACAUUUUUACACACAGACAUCAGGAAUAAUUGUUUGUCUGGAUAUUAUUGUAUGCGUUUAUUUUUUGCAAAAUGUCUACUUUCUAAAUGACUAAAUGUCUCACCUGUGUAAGAGCAUAAAAUACCUCAGUCUACUCAUUAUGCUGCUAAAAGGAAAAGUCACUUCAUGGCAAAACAGAUAAAAAUUCUUGAAUCUUUAUA